GAAAAGAAACAAAAAAUGGGAGACAAGAGUAAUCUUCCUCUCUUUGAAACAAAGUCAGCCAACAACCGCUUCAUCUUCAGAUUAUACACACUUUCCAUCUUCAUCAGCAUCUGCUUCAUCUUCUACUUUAGAAUCCAUCACUUGCCAGAGUCCAAAACAGCUGAGAAGUUGGCCUGGCUUGGAGCUUUCUUUUCUGAGCUCUGGUUCGCUUUUUACUGGUUUCUCACCAUCAUCGUAAGAUGGAACCCUUCGUAUCGCCAGACCUUCAAGGACAGGCUUUCUCAGAGGUACGAGGGGGUUUUUCCUGGAAUAGACAUAUUUGUGUGUACAGCAGAUCCUGUAAUAGAGCCACCAACCAUGGUGAUCAAUACUGUCUUGUCAAUCAUGGCAUACAAUUAUCCACCAGAGAAGAUGAGCAUCUAUCUCUCCGACGACGGCGGUUCGGACCUUACUUUCUAUGCAUUACUUGAGUCUUCUCAAUUCUCCAAGAAAUGGCUUCCCUUUUGCCGGAAGUUCAAUGUUCAACCAAGAUCCCCGGAGGCCUAUUUUAGAAGUGCUGUUGAGCCUCUAAAUGAUUGUCUCUGGUCCACGGAGCUGUCCUCCAUUAAAAAUUUAUACGAGGACAUGAAGAAACGAAUCGAAACAGUAGCAGAGUUGGGACGGAUUCCAGAUGACAUUCGCAAGCAACACAAAGGAUUUCUUGAAUGGGACACUGUCUUGAGCCAGAGAGAUCAUCAAACAAUUCUUCAAAUAGUGAUCGAUGGAAGGGAUCCCAUGGCAGUGGACAGUGAAGAACAGCCUCUACCAACUCUGGUGUACUUGGCCAGAGAAAAGAGACCACAAUACAACCACCAUUUCAAAGCAGGAGCUAUGAAUGCUCUGAUCAGGGUCUCAUCGAGGAUCAGCAACGCGCCCAUCAUCCUUAAUGUGGACUGCGACAUGUAUGCGAACAACAUGGACUCGGUGAGAGAUGUACUGUGCUUCUUCAUGGACGAAGAGAAUGGUGAUGAGAUUGGUUUUGUACAGUUCCCGCAGAACUUCGAUAACCUCACGACCAAUGACCUAUACAGCAGUUCCUUUAAUGUACUAAGCAAGGUGGAGCUCCAUGGUAUGGACAAUGAUGGCGGACCACCAUACAUCGGCACCGGGUGCUUUCAUCGGAGAGAGACACUGUGUGGGAGAAAGUAUAGACAGGGAAGUAAAAGUGAGUCCUUGAGGUGGGAUCAUCACCAGAGGAUACAAGAUAGUGCAAGUGUCCUAGAAGAAACAUGUAAACCACUAGCCAGCUGUGGCUAUGAAGAGAACACCGAGUGGGGAAAGGAGAUGGGUCUAAAGUAUGGAUGCCCAGUGGAAGAUGUCAUUACCGGUUUCACAAUCCAAUGCAGAGGUUGGAGAUCAAUCUAUUUCAACCCCAAAAGGAAAGGCUUUCUAGGAGUUGUUCCCACCACAUUGUUGCAGUCCCUAGUUCAACAUAAAAGAUGGACUGAAGGUGGUCUCCAAAUCUUCCUGUCACAGUACUGUCCUCUGUUGCAUGGACAUGGUAAAAUCCCCCUGAAGUUGCAACUCUCAUAUUGUGUCCACUUGCUAUGGGCGGCAAAUUGCUUGGCUUCUCUGUACUAUGUGACUAUUCCAUCUCUCUGUCUACUCAGAGGCAUCUCCUUGUUCCCCAAGGUUUCGAGUCAGUGGAGCUACCCAUUCAUCUAUAUCAUUAUGGCGACUAGUGCAUACAGUGCCGGAGAAUUCAUAUGGUGUGGAGGCACUCUUCGUGGUUGGUGGAAUGACCAAAGAAUGUGGCUCUAUAAGAGAACAACUUCCUAUUUCUUUGCCUUCUUGGACAACAUUCUGAGGCUGCUGGGUACUUCCAAGUCUGCCUUCGUCGUCACUGCGAAAGCGGCAGACAAUGAUGUAUCAAAGAGGUACGAGCGAGAGCUUAUGGAGUUUGGUGCACCCUCUCCUAUGUUCACAAUCCUAACUACCCUUGCUUGGCUCAAUGCGUUGAGCUUUAUUGGAGUUUUACUGAAGUUAGCAGUGCAUGGUCAGACUCCAGACCAGCUGGCUAUGCAGAUCAUAUUGUGCGGUUUGCUGGUCUGUGUCAACCAGCCUCUAUAUGAAAGGUAUUUUCUUACGAAAAGACAAGGGAAAAAUGCCCACUUCAGUGGCAUAUAAAUCUGCAGUCUAUGCUCUAGUAGCCUGUUCUUUAGCCUAUGUAUAAUCUACCAUGCACUGUAUUGGCUAGAAGUUGCCGAAACUUCAUGAAUAUUUAUAUCACACACUAGACAUGAUACAAAGUAGGAUGCCAUCAGGAAGGACCUGAUGUGAAAAACUUUCUGCUGCUAUUGCUCUGUCCUAUUUUGUGUAGUCUUUAUCAUUCCUAUUAUUGCCAUCUCAA